AGCAGAUCAUCCGCGUUGGUGCCGGAGACCGCAGCCCUCGAAGACAGCUGCAGCACUGUCGUCGGCUCGGCCUGCUACGGCGGCGGCGGCGGCGGCGGCAGCGAGCCCUCGGGGGCGGCAGCGUGGAGCCGGAUGGCGAGGAGAGGACGUGGUGACGGAGGGGAGGGAGGUGAGCGCCGCCGCGGGCGCUGGCCUCCCACGGCACGCCGCAACAGGCGUGGUCGUCGCCGUCGCCACCACCGCAGGCGCUGAGACUGGAUUUAGAGGGUCGCCACCACCGCAGGCGCCGAGACUGGAUUUAGAGGGAGACUGGAGAGAUGCGUCGGGGAGGAGGAAGAAAACUCGGGAAGCGAGAUAUUUACCGCCACAGUACCGUGCGGGUGGGGUAAACGUGAGCCACAGAUUCAUCAUCGGACGGUGUAAAAACUUUUUGCUAUCGUGGCCACCCUGGCUGCCGUGGGAGGCCAGCGCCCGCGGCGGCGCUCACCUCCCUCCCCUCCGUCACCGCGUCCUCCACGUCCUCUCCUCGCCAUCCGGCUCCACGCUGCCGCCCCCGAGGGCUCGCUGCCGCCGCCGCCGCCGCCGCCGCCGCCGCCGUAGCAGGCCGAGCCGACGACAGUGCUGCAGCUGUCUUCGAGGGCUGCGGUCUCCGGCACCAACGCGGAUGAUCUGCUCGGCGCUGCAGCACGCGUCUCCCCCACCUCUACUCUUCCACUUCCUAGUGUAUGGCGAAGGUGAAGGCGGCGGCCGCCGUGGAGUUGCUGGCGAAGGCGGGUUCCUGGGGCUCGCGGUGGCGGGCUUCAUGGCGGGGGAGCGCCUGCGCGGGCGGCGACAUCGCUGAUGCUGCCAUCAAGGCCACCAUACGGAUGCUGUGAAGGCGGCAGCAGGUUGGCAGUUUGCGGAGCCUGCACCCAGGUCGAUGCGGCGGCGCAGACGACCCGAUGCAGUCAGAUCCACUGUCGUUCCCCGCCGUCCGAGCCGUGGGUGAGCCUCGCCGCCCCACCACCUUCCUCGCACGCUCCCCCGCCCUGCCUGCUGCUUGCCUCCCUCGCCGCCGCCGGCCCGACGCGACCGAGCCGUGGACGCGCGUCGUGGUUGUCGUCGACCUGCUGUUCCCCACCGUCCGAGCCAUGGGUCAGGCUCGCCGCACCACCGCCUUCCUCGCGCACGCGGGCCCUACCCCUGCAUGCCUCUCUCGCCGCCGCCGGCCCGACGCAGCAGAGCCAUGGCCGCGCGUUGUGGUUGCCGUCGUCCUCGAUGGAGCAGCAGUAGCCGGGCCUCCUCCCCUCGCGCUCGCUGGACCUUGCCCUCGGCGCGGACAUCCGCAUCAGCAGGAGGACGGAGGGGGGAGGUCGACGAUCUCUGUCGCAGCUUGUGGCUCUCGGGGCCCGAGGAGUUCGCAAUCCCCGUCGCAGCCUGGGAGGCGGUGCAAGUCGCACUCUAACUCGGACCUCCUCCCCCGGAUGAUGAUACGUCCAAUGCAACCACAGAGGGCAUGUUCAUCAUCUACAGAUUCUGUUCUUCUCUUUCUCCCUCCAGUGAACAAUGCAAACCUCUGGAUCAAAGAGACCCCCUGCUACCUCAACCCCAUUCAUGACGACCUCUUCCAGGCCAGCAAGGACAAGCAGGGAGCAAGCAUUGAUACAGAUUCUUAGGUUCUAAGUUUGGAGCAAACUGUUUAUCCAUGUGGUUUUAUGCUAUAUCCUUUGAUCAGAAUUAACUUCACAGCAACAAGAAAAAGCCAUG